GGCUGGCGGCCGGGCUCAGCCCGCUUCUGUCGCCGCACGGGCAGCUGCGGCUCGGGGACGGACUGACGGAGCCAGGGCCGGAGCCGCUCGGGGCCGGGCGAGGGAGAGCGGGCCCCACCAUGAGGCCCCAGCCCCGCAGGAGCCCCCGCGCCGCCCCGGCACCCCGCGCCCCGCGCUAGCCCGCCGCGCUAGCCCCCCGCCAGGGUGUGGGGAGGCGCCAAGGCCAUGGCCAGCCACGUGGACCUGCUGACGGAGCUGCAGCUGCUGGAGAAGGUGCCCACGCUGGAGCGGCUGCGCGCCGCCCAGAAGCGCCGGGCCCAGCAGCUGAAGAAGUGGGCGCAGUACGAGCAGGACCUGCAGCACCGCAAACGCAAGCACGAGCGGAAGCGCAGCGCGGGCGGCCGGCGGCAGAAGGUGUCCUUCGAGGCCAGCGUGGCCCUGCUGGAGGCCUCCCUGAGGAACGACGCCGAGGAAGUACGCUACUUCCUGAAGAAUAAGGUCAGCCCUGAUUUGUGCAAUGAGGAUGGACUCACAGCCCUGCACCAGUGCUGCAUCGACAACUUUGAGGAGAUUGUCAAGCUGCUCCUUUCCCAUGGUGCCAACGUGAAUGCCAAGGACAACGAGCUGUGGACGCCCCUGCAUGCGGCGGCCACCUGCGGCCACAUCAACCUGGUGAAAAUCCUCGUUCAGUAUGGGGCCGACUUACUCGCUGUCAACUCGGAUGGGAACAUGCCAUAUGACCUCUGCGAGGAUGAGCCCACCCUGGAUGUCAUCGAGACGUGCAUGGCGUACCAGGGCAUCACCCAAGAGAAAAUCAACGAGAUGCGGGCGGCUCCUGAGCAGCGGAUGAUUGCAGACAUCCAUUGUAUGAUUGCAGCGGGCCAGGACCUUGACUGGAUAGAUGCCCAGGGCGCCACACUGCUGCACAUAGCUGGAGCCAAUGGAUACCUGCGGGCAGCUGAGCUCCUCCUGGACCACGGGGUGCGCGUGGACGUGAAGGACUGGGAUGGCUGGGAGCCCCUGCAUGCAGCUGCCUUCUGGGGACAGAUGCAGAUGGCAGAGCUGUUGGUGUCCCACGGGGCCAGUCUCAGUGCUAGGACAUCCAUGGAUGAGAUGCCAAUAGACCUGUGUGAGGAGGAGGAGUUCAAAGUCCUGCUGUUGGAGCUCAAACACAAGCAUGACGUCAUCAUGAAGUCACAGCUGAGACACAAGUCAUCCUUGAGCCGGAGAACGUCCAGUGCGGGGAGCCGUGGGAAGGUGGUGCGUCGAGCCAGCCUGUCGGACAGGACCAACCUGUACAGGAAAGAGUACGAGGGAGAGGCCAUACUGUGGCAGCAGCGGAGCGUGGCCGAGGAUCAACGGACCACCACCUACAAUGGGGACAUCAGGGAGACCAGGACAGACCAAGAGAAUAAGGACCCAAACCCCCGGCUGGAGAAGCCCGUGCUGCUCUCUGAGUUCUCUACCAAGAUCCCGCGAAGUGAAAUGGAUGGGCCUGUUGAGAACGGCCUCCGGGCUCCGGUCAGCACCUACCAGUACGCGCUGUCCAACGGGGACAUCUGGAAAGUGCACGAGGUGCCCGACUACAACAUGGCCUACGGCAGCCCCGGCGUGGCCGACGCCACCCCUCCUUGGAGUGGCUACAAGGAACAGAGCCCCCAGACGCUUCUGGAGCUGAAGCGGCAGCGGGCUGCAACCAAGCUGCUCAGCCACCCCUUCCUGAGCACCCACCUGGGCGGCAGCAUGGCCAGGACGGGCGAGGGCGGCAGCGAAGGCAAGGCCCCCUUGAUCGGAGGCAGAACUUCACCGUACAGCAGCAAUGACACCUCGGUCUAUUACACAGUCACCAGCGGAGAUCCCCCGCUCUUGAAGUUCAAGGCGCCCAUGGAGGAGAUGGAGGAGAAGGUCCAUGGCUGCUGCCGCAUUUCCUAGUCUCUGUGUCACGGAGGAGAGAGAUGCUCCAGGGAAGGGUCUCUGAAAUCCAGGCCCACCCAGCAGCCCUGGCUGGGGAGACAUGAGAGGGCAGCUUGCGGGGAGGUGGGCUCUGCUUUCCAGGGGAACGCUGACCCCACCUCUUACCCAGCAGCCCAGAGCAUCGCCACUUCCCACGGUUCUGCUUCCUGCUGCAUUGUCUGCCAUCAGAAACAAGGCCCAUCGUGGCUUCCUGACUCAUCCCGCUGCCAGAUUUUGGGAGGGGGGGCUGGGAUUCCAGUUCGGUUGUCGGUAAAGGCUUCUCUGGACCAGUACCUGCAUAUCACAUAGGGGCGCGCGCGUGCACACACACACACACACACACACUCAACCGUGUGUGGGAAUGACACAGCUGGGCUCAUGGGAAGCAGGUGGGAUCGAUGAUUUGUGGGCUCUUCCCAAAAGGAUUGAGGCUAAGACUCCGUUUUGUCACCACUGCGAAAGUGGCUUUAGCAGGGAAGGGGGCCUGCUAAGCUGAGACCCACAGCCCUACCCGGAGUCAUACCGGGGCUCGUGUCACCACCCACAUCUGGAAGGAGCAGGAGGUCCGCUCUUUGAUCAGAGGGAGCUACGGAGCCACAUAGGGCCAUGAGAUGGGCAGUGGCCUGCUCCCCAGAGCCUUGCCCAUGCCGGGAGCCAGCUGUGUGACCUCCCGGAGGCUGAGGUGGAGAGCCAGGCUCUUCCAUUCCUGGAAUAAUCCACAUCACAUUUUACUUCUAGAUGGAAGUAGCAAAAAUUGGAGGGAAGGGGGAACAAAGUUAGUGUGUCCAAAAGUGCACUUGAUAAAAGAAUUCUCUUAGGCGGCAGAAUGCCAGGUGGGAGAUAACUGAAUUUGCUUUCUUGCUUUCUUUCCUGGAUAGCAUCAUGAUCACUAGGUUUUACUGACUGGUGUUGGAAACAUGGAGCUAAGGGAGGAGCUUUCUUUGGAAGGGCUUUCCAGGGUGAGGAGUGAGUUGGUGUUGAUUUCUGUAAGCAUCUUUAGUAGCCGUGACAGAGCCCAGUGCCCUGGGGGAUCUUUGUGAAUAUUCAGGUAGCUUCAGUCCAGCCUGUGUCAGCCAGACUUCCUCAGCCUGAGCCGUCAGAGUGAAUAGUGAGGGACUGCUGGGAGUCCCCCAUCCUCCCAGAGUAAAUGCUUAGGGCCCCAGGCCCAGCUUUGCCUUUUCUGGAAUGCUUGGUGAGACAAGUCUGCCAGGUGGCCCUUGUGAGGUCCUGCCUGGCCCAGGGGCUCCCAGCCUGCCCUCGUGGGAGUGGUGACACCCCACGGCUGCAAAUCCAAUGUGCCCAUGGCCAACACCCUGCGUUGCGUUCAGGAGAGCGGUGGUGGGGCUGGAGUUGGGCCUCCCCACAGCCCAACAGUCUCAUAGCCCCGAUCUCCCUGACGCUGGGGAGGGGAGACUGAGAAGAGCUGGCUGCCCACCACCUCUCUACUGCAUCUUCUCAAGAGCCCCCUUAAAAUUGCUGCCCAUGAGUUGGGUACUGUCCACAGGCUCAGCCAAAACCUAUUAGUGUACUUAAUAAGCAGCAGGUUUGUUCCCUGCUCUGAGCGCCUUUUAUUUGUCCUAAAACUACCUCCUUAGAACUCUUGAAGGAGUCCCCUUAGUCCAGAUUCCGGGAUUUGGGGGACAACUCUGGGUUCCUCCUAAUCUUCUUCUUUCUGAGCCUAUGAGAAAUUCUCCCCGAGGGGCACCUGGGCCGGGGGGGGGGCUGGGACUAGAGGAGCCCCCCUGUGCCACAGUUCUAGUAAUGGGGUCUGCUGUUUAUCAGUCCCAGUCCCCGCUGUGGCCUCCAUGGCCCCACAGCCCAGAGAGGGAGCUGGAUCCCAGGGGCCUGGCUGAUGUUUUACCAGGAGCAGGGCAGCUAGACCAGAGAACAGAGGGCUCAGUGGAGUCACUGUGCUCCUGGUGGCGCCUGGGUGCAGGGAGGGUCCUAGCACCAGGCCAGCCCCACCCCAACUCCAGGACAGAUCCAGGCUAGGGUGGAGGGGCAGCUCAGGAGGCUACAGAUGGGUAGGCAUGAUGCCUCCCGAGUCCCUGGCAUCUGGGGCAGGUUCUCCAUCAUGUCAGCCUAGGGCUGGAGCAGGGCAGAGGAUGAUCCAGAACACACAUACCUUUGGCUUUAAAACUGUUCAGAUUAGACUGACCCUGAAUUCCUCUUGAGCCAACGUAGCUGCAAGCAGAAGAAGCCAUACACUCCUAGGAGGGGGUUGUGCAGGGUUUCCCGAUCUGUUUGUUCAGGAGCUGGAGACUGAAGGCACUUCUUGCCCACGCUGAGCCCUCCUGGCCAGUCCCUCCUUUGCCCUCACUUGUUGCCUCCUUGGCCAUUCAUCUCCCACCCAGAAGGCCGGGAAUCCCAGUUGAUUGCCCGGCAGGAGCCAACUGCAGACUCGUGGGCAUUUUAGCUCUCGUUUUCAGUCGGGGUAAGCCAUUCCCUAUUAGGGCUUCAGGGACCUGGGGAACUUUCCCUAAGGGUCUCCUUGGUGUUGAGGGACAAGGUGGGGUCAGGGUGACUCAUUGAUUUGUUCACGUAGUUUAUUGAGUAGCUGAGACCUACCAGGCACUACGUUAGGUUCUUGGGGUAAAGGAGGAACAAGACAGGGUGAGGAGACUGCCUUGUACAGUUUUCAUCCCUUGAGGACCACGGGUAUCAGCAGCCCCAUUCAAUUCACUUGAGACGGAGUGACCACAUCCUGGUCCAGCUUCAACCCGGUUUCUAGCUCCUAGAAUCCCUAGAGAAACUGCUGCCGUGGCCGUCCCUGAAUAACAUUUGCUAUUAAAUGCAGAUGUUGGAUCUUGGUUCUAGGGAGACAGCAUUCCAAGUCUGUCUGGAACUUUCAGGGAUACCUGCCUUCAGGCCAGCAUCUUUGGGGCAUUGUAUAAUAGCAGUUUGAGGUCAGUAGGCAGAAGAACCAAGAGUCUGGAAUUUGCUGCCAAAUGCAUCUCAGGUUCUGAAACUCCUUGUCUCUUGCUCAUUUUUGCUCAUUUGUUAUGGGGUCCUCCUGCCCCACCAAUGGAUAAUGGGAGGCGAGGAGCUUCUUUAACACUGAAGCCUCUCCUCAAGCAUCUGCCUCUCCUCCUGGUGGGUGGGGAUCAAGGAGUUGGAAGAAAGCUAGCAAGGUCUAGCUCAGCUCCCUCUGAGACCAGGCAGGUUAAAGGAGGCUACUUCCAAAGCAUGUGCCACGUGGCUCACGGUGAGCUCUGGCCUUUGCUCCCACCCUGUGCCCCCAAACCACCGAAAGUUGGUGGCCAUCAACAGAUAGUGAGUUCCUGGCGAGAGCACAGGGAAGUUGAAUAAACCCUAGCCCCAGCUCUACUGAAGAGUUCAGGAUAUAAUUCUCCAUCAAAUACGCAGCAGCGAUUAAACUGCUCUGCACUGUUUGAUCAAUUUCAGUGGGCGUAGGAAAGCUCACGGGGGGUGUCCCCUGUCCUGCCCCACCACAGGUUGCUGGCUUCAUCAUAACAUGAGACCAUUUUGGUGAUUGGUGUCAGAUACCUUUUGAUCUUGAGCUCUCUCUCCCACUUGCUUUCCCAGAGCAGGAUACUGGGGCACUUUCCAGAAGGGCAGUUUUUUUUACGAGAUACCCAGAAGGACUGUGUUUAACUCUUGCUAUUGUGGCCUGGGGACAGCCUCCCCCACCCCAGUGCACGUAAGAGCAAAGGGGUCAUGUGGUCAGUGGUUGACUCUGCAGAAGUGACUCCCUUUGCCAGAAGCUGUAGACCUGUCCUUGACAGGAGACUCUUGUUGGCCAGUUCACCAGAGGGCCUGCUUCCCAUGGGCAUUGCAAAUGCGACAGUGCGGGGCCUGGCUCUGCGCGCUGAGGAAAAGUCUGCAGACCCCCAGCCCUCCGCAAUAAUCCCCCAGACCAGAAGCCACUGACGUACAGAGAACAUUUAAGAAAAACGUAUUUUAUGUGAAAAAAAAGUUAAAACUCUGUAUACUGUAUCAGCAGCUUUGUGUAAAAAUAGCAAUCAAGAGAGUCUAAUAUAUUUAAAACUUUUUUAAAAAAAAAUCCUUGCCGAUCUUUGAUAUUGUAUUGAAGUAACUUCCAGGUAGCUCCUUGCCAUGUGGCAGUGGUGGGCCUCGAUCCAAGACCGUGGCUCGACCACACCCAGAAGGGGCAUGCUCCUGGAGUUGCUUCCAGCAGCCAAGGCCUGUGACAGAAUUCCCUGUUGAGAGUUUUUAAUUAAGAUUAUUAAAUUCCUUUUAAUAACA